UAUCAGGCCUCUCAGACUAGAGUUGGUGCACCUAUUGUCCAAGCCUAACCUGUUGCCUAUGACUAUUAACCAUAAGGAUAAUAAUUACUCACCUAUUAAGGACAAGUGGCAUAGCCAAAUUAACCAAAUCAAGCUAAUAAUGUUUCUAAUCAACCACCUAAGGUUAGUUAACAACCUAAAGUUAGUUAAUCACCUUAAUAACCACAAACCAAUUAAGUUCCACCUAAUUUGUAAUAACAACAAUAAUAGCAAAAGCCUUAGUAACAAUAACCAAUUACAAACCAACAAUAACAGAAAUAAGAUAAAGGAUUUUUAGCCAAAUUAUUCGAUUGAAAUAUAUUCAUAGUGCAAUAUAAAUUAAUAUAUAUUUUUUGAUUCAUGGCAAAAUCAUAAAGAUCUAAGGUUAUGCGAAGAUGGAGAUCCCUAAAGAGAGAACAUCUCCAAAAUGUGAAAGUCAAUUCAGAUCUUCAUGAUUUAAAUUAAAAAUUAGAGGCAACCAUACAAAAUAGAUUUCAAAGACCUAUCCAACCAAAGAAUAAGUUUUUACAUCCUAGCGAUCCAACUGCCUAAAUUCCUAAAUUUAAACCAUAACCAAUUGUUGAUUUUAGAAGUUAAUCUUUACCAUACACAGCCACUUAAUUUGUUGGGGCAAGAAGAAAGCCGGUUCAAGAAAUAGUUUUCAAGCCAGAACCAGAUGUAGAGGAAGAAAUCGAAAUGGAUGAUUAACAACAAAAUGAAUAGGUUCAACAUGAUGAAGCAGACGAUUUGAUUAAUGCAAUGGAAGGAGUCAGAGUCAAAUCUAAAAGAGAAGUCAAAAGAGAAAAUAAAGCCAGAGCUAUGGAAGAGAUCAUACCUUUAACAAAAAAUAAAUAAAUCAAAAAAAAUAGAAGAAAGGAAUAACCUGCAAGAAAAUCAAAAAAAUUAAUUACCUUUUGA